AAUAGUUAAUACGUAUCGAUGAUUUCGCUUUAGCGCGACUUAAGUAUUAAAAGCAUACUUAGUUUACAUAACCACAAUUGUAUUGCCACAAUACACAGUAUAGCAGAAAUUUGUUUAAUUAAUCACGUUUUUUUUAACAUGCUUGUGUAAUAAUACUCAGCCACCCCCACCCGGUACUAGGCACGUAGCAGAUUUAAAGUUUCCCGCGCUCUAUCUGUCGGGCGAUGGUAAACAGGAUAAAGCAUGGUGAUUAGACUAAGUGGGGAACAGUAAAUUCUGCGGUGAACACGAUUUUAUUUCAACAUAGGUCUUAUAACAAAAAUUCAAUUUUCGUAUAAACCAGUCAUGUACCUGUUUGUCAUAAAUAGAGUGGAAAUAGAUAUUGAUACUCGAGCUGAUUUUACUGCAGCAACAAUGAUUGUUACCGUUUCUACGAAGAUAAAGAUUUUGUGAUUAGCUACAAUUAAUUUAAUGAUGAUGUUACCUUUACCAAUAGUUUUAUCUUUACGGUUUAUUUUCUUAUUUACAAUAGGAGGAAUUAUUUCACCUAACUCUUCUACUAAUGUUAUUUCACAUGAUACUUAUUACAUAAUAUCUCAUUCCCAUGAUGUAUUUAGAAUGGGUGCUGUAUUUGCUAUUAUUGCAACAAGUAUACAUUGUUUUGCACUCUUCGUUGGAUAGAGUUUUACUUCUAUGUUUUUGAGGAUUCAAAAACUUGUGUCCGCGUAAAUGCUCGCCUGAAAACUAGUCCUGGUACGCUAUUUCACUAGCUCUAUUCCAAAACGGAAACAUUCUUGGCCGAAUUUUGCAGGCCACCACUUUGGUCUGGGAUAUGAUUUCGCCGUCGACUCCGCUCACGUACAUAGGGACUGUGGCUAUAAUAUAUUUGCUUUACUGUCGUCGAUCAGUCGCCUAGCUGGAUUGAAGAACUAACGCGUUACGAUUCGUAGAUGGCUGAAGUUGACUCGGGUUUCACUGAGAGCUUCCUACUAAAUUGACGUUGAAUUUACAGGCCUGCCGCAGUCACCGUCAAGAAUUACCAUUUCUUCGUUUCUGAACAGCCUUUGAAUCGUGUUCUCAUUUUUUUGAUCGUCACUGUCAUUGCCAUGAUUCGCAGCAUCAUCCUAAUGCUUCUGUUCCAAUAUUUCUGUUUACAGCGUUUAACACUGCAUGAUACACAGAGUUCAUUAUGCGCAAAACUACGGAAUAUUUUCGUCGGUUUCUUGGAAAGUGCGGCUCCCAGGUUUCUUGUCAUUGCUCUCCGGCCUGUUCUCAAUGUUCCCAAUGUCAUGUCAGUGUUAUGUCAGUGUUCUUCAAGAGUGUGAUCAUAAUUACCAUGAAGUUAUCCAGGCUCCCUGUACUUCGAAUUUGUAUCAGAUGAAAUCGAACAAAAAUGAAAUCAUUCUUCAAUAACCGAGUUCUGCUGUUGGUUACUGGUGCCAGCCGUGGUUUGGGCUUAGAAAUAGUUAUGCAGUUGUCGGCGAAGAUUGCGAAUGGCUCCGUUGUAGUUCUCGCCGCCAGGGACAAAGAAAAACUUGAUAUCAACUGCGCUAACCUCAAGAAGACUUUCCCCGAAAUAAUGUUCGAGUCGUUCGUGAGCGAUAAUGCGACAGCGACGUAUGCCGAUUACGAAAAGCUGCUCAACGAAAAGCUGAAGUGCGCACCUGAAGCUGUUGUUGUUAUUCACAAUGCCGGGUCACUUGGCAACACCAAUGUUCAGCUAAGUGAGCAGAAUAAUCUGGAUGAGCUUGCCUCAUACUUCGCUGCGAACGUUCACCAUCCGAUGGUUCUCUCUAGCGCCGUUAUCACUCUUGCAAAAGCACCGAUUUACCUGGUGAACAUCUCUUCACUGUGUGGCAUCAAGCCUUUUCCGAAUAUCGGUCUCUAUUGCACGGGCAAAGCUGCACGCAAGAUGUACUUUGAUUGUUUAGCAGCGGACAACCCGGAAAUCCGCAUCCUCCAGUAUUCUCCUGGGCCGUUGGAGACAGACAUGAUGACUGAGUUACGCAAUUGCAAAAUCGGUUCUGUGUCGUCGAUGGCUAAAAAUUUAAGGGAGAAAGGAAUUCUCCUAAAUACUCGCCAAACUGUUGAGAAGCUCUGCGAUAUCAUUGAUAAAAAUGCCUUCGAGUCGGGAGCUCACAUUGACUACUACGAUCGAUGAUCUCUUUGCCUGUACGCUUCUGCAUACCUUAAAUGUAUUGUACGAUUCAUUACCAAAGUGUUACUUUUAAUUAAAAAACUUUAAAAAUGAAAUUCACCAAAUAAAAUGAUCAAUAUUGCUUUAUGUUGUAAUCUAUUAGGAUUUCUCGGUGAUUACUUUCCAACAAGAUCGUUUUAGUGAUAGUUUAGUGAUGUCAUGUAAAGUUUCUGAUUGUUCUUGCGCGCAAAUAUUUAAUCAGAACCGCUAAAUCGAGGAGCAGGAUUACAAAUAAGAAAUAUUAAGUGCGAAAUGACCGACGACCAAACACAAAUUCUGAUUACAACGCGAUGCGCGCGAAACUGAUUUCCGACCUCAUCUAGUGCUCGAUCGACUCAACGCAAAAGCUGAUGUAAAUGCCAUGGUAGGGGUAAAUUAACUAAUCAGAAAACACGAACCGAACGAAGCCCAGUUCCUUUAAACUAUUAAACUAGUGUUUUAAACUGAACAUAUUUCCAAUGGUUAAGUGUUUGUCAACUAAACCUAGAAGCCGCGUAAUGGCAGUAUAGGGCGUACGAACUCGGAACAUUCGUUGUCCGUUUUUGUAUCCGACUCCCUUUCUGACUUCUUGUAGGCUAGCGCCCGUAAAAUUAUCGCUUUAACCUAGUAUCCUUUAACCUGGUAGAGUUUUUACCUGAGGUAAUACGAGUACGAAAUUGAGCAGAUUAGAGGGAUUUUUUUUUUUCAGUAUGAAACUAAACAUUCACUGACAUAGAAACGAAGACGGCGUAAACGCCUACAAGUCAUCCUGUAUUCUAUCCAAACAUGAUCAUUAAACUAAAAAUAAAAACAGUAUUCACGUCAAAACCUGUGUCCAAACUAAUCUACCUUAUAACCUAUUAGGUUUCUGUACAAUGUAAUAACUGUUGGCAUGUAUUCAAGUGUACUUUACAUUAGACUAUUAGUACCACAGCAAUAACUCGAAGUAGAAACACUAAUUAUUAGCAAAACGGCUCCGAAAGUUUGCGUGCAAACUAUUUUAUCUGAGAAACUUAAAGGUCCUGUGCUCCUCAAAUUUACAAUGUACUUAGCAGACCGACGCAAAAUACGACUAUAAAGUCUCUGUUGAAUUAUGUUGUAUGGCAUCCUAUUUGAGUUUGUUCAACGGAAUAACUGGAAAAUGUGUACGUAGGUUGCAUUUGACUACAUACUUUCAUGUCGUUUUUGUCUUUAUUUUUCUCUACUUCAGUGAAUAACAAACCCACAAAUACACACAAUAAGGACGAUGAGAAUACUUGUGGCGGAACAAAUUUGCCUAUACUCUAUAUAAAGGUAUCUACCGGAAUAAGCAUAAAUAAAACGAAGUGGAUGUAAACGUCUGUAUUCAAACUAUAUAACACUACACCGACUUUGUGCCUUUUAAGUUAUAAAUUUAUCAAAAGUAUAGGAUGGUUUUAAUAAACGAAGAAAUUGUCAAGAAUUGAAAAACACUUGUAACUUAAUCUGUGUUCCUACUGUGCCGCCUUAUUCGGGUCUGCGUCUGGUAGCACUAUUAGACAAAGCAGCUCAAGCUGCAUUGUGAUCUAUAUGGAGCGGCCGCAUAAUUUGAUAGUGACUCCACAGUGAAACCUGAAAACGAUCUAUUUCUCAAUGAAGCUUUUGCUGUCAAUAAAUUGGUGCUCGCAGAAUCGUGGUCACUGAAUCCAGUUUC